AUGGGAAGAGCUUCGGAGGAUAAACCACAGUGUCUGAACUCGAGAAUGGCUUGGCAGUUGAACGUUGAACGUUUCUGGAAGAAGAUUGUUGACUACUACAACGCAAGCCCUCAACUGGUUGAGACAAUAUCUAGAGAGCUUGGUCCGUGCAAGCAGAGGUGGGCUAGGAUUAACGAGCAAGUCUGUAAGUUCGUAGGAUGCUAUGAUGCGGCGUCGAGGGGGCAGAGAAGUGGUCAGAAUGAUGAUGAUGUGAUGAAAGCUGCCCUCGACUCAUUCUUCAACAUUUACGAGCACAAGUUCAGCCUCGAACAUGCGUGGAGGGAGCUGAGGCAUGACCAGAAAUGGUGCUCCACCUAUAUCGUUAAAGACGGUGGGAAGGACAAGCACAAACAAGUGGUGGACGUUGAUAGAGAAGAUGAAAUUGCCGAACCUGAAAGUAGACCAGUUGGUGUGAAAGCUGCUAAAGCUGCUGGUAAGAGGAAGAAGAGUGGCAAAGAAGAAGAGAUGUCACAGCUACAGGCUAUGAUGGAAAUGAAAGAAAAACUCUAUAAACAGAAAAUUCUAGAUUGUUUACUUGCCAAAAAAGAUCCACUAUCUGAGAUGGAAGAAACUCUUAAACUCAAACUCAUGUCUGAGAUGUUAUGA